GCAAACAGCUGUUUCGCAAUGGAUUGUGGUCACACUGCUCAAAACAAAACGUAAUUCGCAAUUUAUUUAAAAGUGAAAAGCUGGAAAGUAAUUAAUUUAACUACCCAACAGCAGCAUGGCCGAUGGCAAUGCAAUGGCAACAGAAAAAUUGCCGGCUUGCGAAAAGCGAGUGCAUCACAUUGGGGACUUGGCGCUCUGGCAGCGUUCUCGGGCCUAUCACGAUUUAAUUGGCUAUAUCAAUGGCACCAGCUCGGCGAUACAAGGCAUUAAGACCACCGAUGAAGUGUUUGAAUCGGAUAUAUUGCGUAAAUUACUGGGAAUCUUUGAUGCGCUGUCCAAGAUAAUGGAGCAACAUCCGCCAUUGGAGCAACCACAACGGUUUGGCAACAAAGCUUACAGAGAUUGGGCAGCCAAUAUGCGGGAUCAGUUGCCCACGCUGCUGAUUGAAGUGUUGCCCGCAGCCAAGCAUAAACAUCUGCAUGAAUUGCUGCAGUAUUUAAUGGAAGCGUUCGGCAAUGCAACACGCAUUGAUUAUGGCACUGGACACGAGCUGAGCUUUCUGUUCUUCCUGUGUGCACUGUUCAAGGCGGAGAUUCUCGGCGAGCAGGACAUUGUAAGCACAGCGCUGCGUCUGUUUAAUCGGUAUUUGGAGUUUGUGCGGCAAUUGCAGCGCAAUUACAACAUGGAGCCGGCUGGAAGUCAAGGAGUUUGGUCGCUGGACGACUUUCAGUUUGUGCCGUUUAUCUGGGGCAGCGCACAGUUAGCAGUUAAGAGUCCCUUUGAUCCGGCCAAAUUUGUGGAUGAGCAGAUCAUCAAUGAUUUUAGCGAGCAUUACAUGUUCAUCAGCUGCAUUGAUUACAUCUGCAAGGUGAAGACUGGCCACUUUGGCGAGCACUCCAAUCAACUGUGGAGCAUCACCGCAGUGCCGUCCUGGGUCAAAAUCAAUCAAGGGCUUGUUAAAAUGUAUCAAAAAGAGAUACUGUCCAAGUUUCCUGUCAUACAGCAUGUUUACUUUGGCGAACUGAUGUCCUUUGAGUCCGUUGCCGCCGGCACCGCUUUAAGCAACGCCCGCUUGGGUCAUGUGGCACCUCCGCCCUCCAAGCGUAUUUGCAUUGGCACGCCGCCUGUGAAUCUGGCCACAAAUCUUGUGCCACCAACACCGCUUGUGGCGCCAGCACCGCCGCCAGCUGAGGCGAUAAAUACCGAUCUGAAUGUGGGCGAUUCCAGCAGCGAGAGCAGCGAUAACAGCGUCGUUUUACGUCCCACUUCAGCACAGGCAUCGCCUGAAGGAUCUGGCGAUAAGUCAGCAGUCAGUCAGACGGUUGGUGAUGCGUCGGGAGCCAAGGAACAGCAAGCGGAGUAGAUGUGUGAAGGUAGUCUGUUAAAAAUUCUUAGUAGUUGCGUUGAAACAUUCGAUUAAACUGUAUGCUAACUUUAUAAACUCUAUAAACGGUUGUGCAGUCAUUGUUGCUAUGAACGAGCAGUUUGAGAGUUACUGUGGCGCGGCUAAGUGCGCUCAGGUUUUAUUAGCACUUCAAAAAUUAUGAAUUUGUUUUAAAGUGUACGUUGUGCGGUUCACAACAUAAUUCAUUAAUUUUAUUAUUAUUAUUAUAAAUUUAUUAUUUACAUGCAGGUUAACUGUGAGUUUUGGAUUUACUAAUUUUUAACUUCUUUUUGCUCAAAGCUGUUUAACAUUUACUUUGUAUUAAAUGCAUUAAAUUUUGCAUUUGAAUCAAUUUAAUUUUAAUAUCAAUGUUCUUAAUGUAAAAAGUUUUAAAAGCAUUGCAUUUGCUAUGAACUACAUUUCUAAGCUUGCUUCUUGCACACCGUUUUAGAGUCACUGAGCUUCUACACACAUACAUUUGAUUUCAAUGCGUUUUUGCUGGGAUGCAGUUUGACAGCCAUUGUUUGUUGACAAGUUAGCAACUGUUGCAAUUGCAUUGAGUCUAAUAAAUUGAAUAAAGAACAAAUAAAUUUAAAAUUAAAGUCAUUAUAU